GAAGAGCCUCACGAUCCUUGGAUGGAGGCGAAGCGCAGACAAGCACCUGCGAGCAAGCAGAUGCCCCAGCGCGACCCGUGGGAAGGCUACACUCGGCAGCCCGAAGCUCGAGACGCUGUGUGGGAAGGAUGGCAGCACUUCGACUAUGCUGGUGGAAGUGAUCGUGAAGCAGAGCGCUCGCAGGCGGGCGCAGGAGGUGGGAGCCGACCCAUUGAAAGGCUCACCGUCCCGACCUUCAGCGGAGAGGACGAUGGCGACGAUCAAGGCUUGGUGCUCUACCAGAACCUUGCUGGAAAGGCAUGGGUGGCGGCAGAGGAGUUGAACGUCCUCUACCUGAAGAUUGCGCAGCUUGGCUCUACGUUGACCGUCUUCAACUUGAAGAAAGACCGUGGACUUCGCAAACCUUGGGAAGGCACAGGGGCGCGCAACAAGAAGGCCCACACGGCCCACUUCACCGGACGCGCCGGAGAUGAGACCUCCGAGAGUGACGCAAAGGACGACGAGGACGACUGCAUCCCCGAGGACGUCGCCCAGGCCUACGUCACUUACCAGUCGGCGAAGCAGAGGUACAAGGACCAACAGAGGGCACGUGGCUAUGUGGCUGGCGACGGCAAUGCCGGCAACCACUCCGACAACAAGGAUGAGAAGCUCAAAGCUAUGAAGGCGAGGAGUUUUUGCAGUGGAUGCGGUCGCCGGGGACAUUGGCAUAAGGAUGCUGAAUGCCCAAAGAAUAAGCCAGGUGCCAAUCACCAAGCGGCGCCCAAGACCGACGUCAAGGACAUCAGCAUGUGCAACGUGCUCCCUGCCGAGGUCUAUGCCACCAAGCAUGAAGGGGAGUUCCUGCUGGGGAUCACGGAUACCGCGUGCGCAAGGACUGUGGCUGGCACGCAGUGGCUGCAGAAGUACACCGAUGCCCUGGCGAAGCUCGGCCACAAGCCUCUCCUCCAUAAAGAGUGCGAGGCGUACCGCUUCGGGACGGGCAAGGUUCACUACUCCGCCUUCUACGUCGUGCUUGGUUUCGAGCUCGGGAAUAAUUUCGUGCAGGUCAGGACCUCGAUCAUCAACGGGGACGUCCCGCUCCUUCUGUCGAAGGGCGUGCUCAGCAAGCUUGGCAUGAUCUACAACGUGGAACUUGGCCGGGCUGACUUCACGAAAGUAGGGCUACAGGGCCUUGAGCUGCAGGUGACAACUUCCGGCCACCCUGCCAUUCCUAUAGUCCCUGCCAAGGUCGCAGGAGAUGUCUCAGGCGGGCUCCAAGCCGAGGAUUUGCGACUUUCGCCGCGUGAGCAAUAUACUGUGUACGCUGUAGCGCAUGGUAGCUUCAAGACCCCCACUACUUUCAACAUCUUCUAUGACAAGAAGCUAGAUCCUGGGGCACGAGACAUGCUAUGUCAAGAGCAUCUUCAUCAAGAAGCUUUCCUAGCAUGGUGGAAAAGUACCGGGGCCACGUCAGACUUUUGGUUAGAGUCCCCCGAGGCCUGGAUAAGAGUGCAUAUGACCCCCAGAAAGGUCCUCUUCAAUCCCUCGAUGUGGCGAACCCGCCAGAAAGAGAUGUUGCUUCAGACCGCAGGCGAGGUUAGGAUCACUGAGGGCAUUUGCUGUGCAACGAGUAGGUGGAUUGAGCCAGUGGUUGAUCGCUGGGAGAAUGGAAACCUCAAUGAGCAUGCGUUCGGUUUUCUUUGGGGGAAGAACUUGGAUUAG